ACUUUUUUUUUUCGUUUCUUCCAAAUUAUUUCUCAUUUUUUUUUUAUGGUAUUAUAAAAUAUUUUUGUAAUAACCUUUCCUUUUAUAAGCAGUUGCUCUUGUCUCCCUCACUCUGUCCCUUGGUCUUUUACAUAUAUAAAUCAAGACCACCUCCCCCAUUCGCUCCUUCAAAAUCCUCAUAGAGAUUUGUUUCAUUAUUUUAUUCCUUUGUUAUUUGUCAUUCUGUUUUAUUUUUUUUCUUCCGUUGCUUGCCCUGUAAUUCAAAAUCAAUCAACUUGGAAAAUUUACAAGAUUUGGGUUGAAAUCUGGUCGGAUCUUGCUUUGUGGGGUGUGGCAAUACAAACUCUUUUUCUUCUUCACCUCCUAUAGAACCAGAACAAUUAAAACACCAAAACAACCCAAUUCCAUUGCUCUUAAUACAUAGUCUAUCUCUGGUUUUUGGGAUUGGAUCUUUGGAACAAUGGGCAUGGCAGCAGAGUCACAGUUUCAUGUUCUGGCUGUUGAUGACAGCAUCAUUGACAGAAAGCUUAUUGAGAGGCUACUUAAAACCUCUUCAUAUCAAGUUACCACAGUUGAUUCUGGCAGUAAAGCUUUAAAAUUUCUGGGUUUACAUGAGGAUGGCGCAACCAACCCCAAUACGUCCUCUGUUUCUCCUAACAAUCAUCAGGAAGUUGAAGUAAAUCUUGUCAUUACUGAUUACUGUAUGCCUGGCAUGACAGGCUAUGAUUUGCUCAAGAAAAUCAAGGAAUCUUCAUCUCUAAAAAACAUACCAGUAGUUAUCAUGUCAUCUGAGAAUGUCCCUUCAAGAAUCAGCAGAUGUUUAGAAGAAGGUGCAGAAGAAUUUUUCUUGAAGCCAGUGAGGCUAUCAGAUUUGAAUAAACUUGGGCCCCAUAUGUUGAAAACUAAAUUCAAGGAUCACAAUCAAAAACGAGAGAAGCAAGAAGAAAAAGCAGCCUUUCAAUCUCCAAAACGACAAGAACAAGAAGAGCAGCACCAGCACCAGCAACAAUUAUUGCAACAACAAUCCAACAACAACAAAAGAAAAGACAUAGAGGAAGGGCUUUCACCUGAGAGGACAAGACCAAGGUACAGUGGCAUCACAGCUGCGGUUUAAUCAUCUUGAGGAAAGAAAUAUGUCAUAAAUUCUGGGUUUUAUUGAACAUGUAAUUCAGAUAAGUUUUCCCUUUUUUUAGGGUUUUUUAGAUUUUUACUGUUGGUAUACAUGUUCUAGAGGUGUGUGGCGAUAAAGUUCUUCAUGCAUACAGCUUACAUGAUAAAGAAGAGUUGAAAUUUUCCAAUUUUGUUGUGUUAUUUGAAUUCCCAAGACAAAAGAAACGAAAAAAAAACAACAAUACAAAACAAGUGUCAAAUAACAGUAUGAUUCGAGAUUAUCUGAAAAUUGUAAAUAUCAGCACAUUUUCUUAUGACAGAGUACAGACUGAGCGUUCUCCUUU